AUGAAUCUUAAAUGGACACAUAGACAAACUAGUGUGAGGAGCAGGCAAAAGAAAACAGGAACACUUGCGAUCAAAUCUGGCUCCUCAGAGGCCUUAGCAAUUAAGGAUCCCAUUGUUGCAAGGGAGGGUGGUGAGAAGUGGAAGCCUAUGACUGAUGUGGUUCUAAUGAAGGAAGCACAAGUCGAAUGUCUUAAAGAGAAGAAACUUUUCAAGGAUACAACUGCAAAGCUUAAAGCAGAUCAUGAAAAGGCCUUUGAGAGUGAUAAUGGUGAAGUUGGAGAUAGAGUCACUUAG